GAAGAGGCCUGUUGCAUGCUUUUCUUAUCCAGGCCCACGAUCAGAAUCUCAAUCGUGGGUUUAACGGACGAUGUCGGCGUUAAAAACCGCCAUCGAAGCGCUCAAAUGAGAGGCGGACAGGUAGGCGACCCAGUUGCCAGUUGUUGGGACGGGCGAUUUCUCCAACGUCCGGGAACUGUUUCUGCUUUAAGAUUCUGGAUUGCGAUGGAUUCAUCUUCUCUGAAAAUGGCAUCCUCAAAAUUGAUUCCUUAUGUUUCUGCGCCUGUAUGUCCUAGAAAGCCGAUGAGUUUUGGCUUUAACUUCAAACAAAACGUGUUCGGAGGUAAAACCCGUGCCACCUCCCUCAAUGGCUCUGUUUUUAGCUUCACUUCUCACCGGUCUGUGUCAAGUUUAAGGGAAGGUGAUAAUAGAAGCAGAAUUAAUCUUGAAUCUCUGUUUUGUUAUGAUAAGGCUAUACCUGAGGAAAGAAUUGAAAAGCCUAUUGGCUUAUCUUUGGAUGAGAAAGAAAUUGGUAGCAAUCUCCGGUGCUCUGAUUGCCAAGCGAAGGGUGCUGUGCUCUGUACCACUUGUUCUGGUUCUGGCCUUUAUGUUGAUUCCAUAUUGGAAAGCCAAGGCAUAAUUGUUAAAGUUCGCUGCCUAGGCUGUGGGGGAACUGGUAAUAUGAUGUGCACAGCAUGUGGCGGACGAGGUCACUGUGGACCCAAAUGAUUGAGGUCUUGCUUUUUGGAAUGUUGUUGUACCACUUGCUAUAUAUAGCUUGAGGGCCAUUGCCUCAAGUCAUUUAAAUUCAUGUCUCCUUCAAAUGAUUUUGGUUACACUAGCAAUGAUCUUUGGUAAAUUUGAAUGAAAUAUACGCAUAGUUGAUUGAUAAAAAUUUACCUACAUGUUAAAGUGCUUAUAGUUUAAAAGUGGCAAUAAGCAUGAAUUGGUGACAUGUUCAGGACAGGAUGAAAAGAAAGAACUCCGUCAGUCCAGAAAGGAUAGAAAGAUUAUGAUAGGGUAUUCUCGUUAUCCAGUUAUUGUUAUUAAAAAUUACUUUGCUUAUCUGCAAUGCAGAAAAUGUUUUCACAACAAUGCCUUUGGCGUCAAAUUAUGUUCUUGACGUAUUA